GACAUUUGUACUGAGGACUGUAGUCUCGCGGGCGUGCCGUUGCCCGACAAGGACAACUUCCAGCUGCCCUUCGAGAACAACUACGUGCAGCAAUGCCCGCCGAUCGCCCUCACGACGCCCAGCGGCGGCAUCGUCAUCUCGCGGGUUUGCCUCGACUUCAUAGGUCCUAACCUGUACUUCAACUUUUCGUCUUUCCCAGGUUACACUACCAAGUCUGUGACCAUAGCCUGGAAGCUGAAGGGCAACCUC